UUUGGGGCUGGGUGGCUAAGAGAGCAAGAGAGUGAGCAUUUUGAGAGUUCCGUGGACAAAAUUCUCAGUGUUGGCAAUUUGUGAUAAUAAGAGCGCGAGACUCUUGAGAACUUUUGUCAGUGUUGAGUUGUUUGUUGUGCACGAUAAGUUGAUGGUGUUGAUAGGGAGCUUUUGCUCAACAGUUUCAUGACUUUUCACCCAAGUUUUGCAACAAAGCACAACAGGACGAGAAAGAGAAAGGACAUUGGGAGAUUAAGUGGUGGCUAAAAAGAUGAGCCAAAGUGGAUGAGGAUCCUUCUGUGACAAGUGCAUGAAUUUGUUUUCUUUUGAGUUUUUAUUCUCGUUUUUUUUCUUAAUUUCUCGUGCUAAGUACGUGGACACGUUUUGAGACAUGCUCUUGAGAAAAAGUGCCAAAAAUGUGUGGAAAAGCUGCUGGAGUGUGUUUAUUGUGUUUCCAUUCUUGAUCCAGACAUUGGCUGCUCAAUCCAACUACAUAGGGGUUCUGGGGAUUUCCUGCUCUGAAGAUAAUCCGUGCCGAAACAGUCAGAUCUGCAAUAAUGGGAUCUGUGAAUGCGAUGAAUUCUCCAUCCCUCAGGAAUAUGCUCCUGGGAAGGAAUUUUGCAAGAGAUGUCCAAUGGAAGGACAGCCAUGCUUAGAGAAUUGCUGCUUCGGGGAGGAUAUAUUCUGUGUCCAAAAUAUCUGCACCAGAUGCAAACAGAAGGAGAAUGGGGGGCUCCUAUGUCCCCAUGGUGGUCACAUUAUCUUUGCCACAGCGUCUCAAAUCGCCCUGUCAGCUGCUCUGAUAAUCGGUAUCGCAGCCUUGGCCACCCUGCUCUUCCGGAUGUGUUCUAAGCGAUCACUAUCAGACAGACCGAGAAAUCAAGGACUUUUGAGUGACGAAAGAGGAAGAUUGUCCGCAGAACGUGCUUCCCUGUCGUCCAUCCAAAUCAGAAUCCUUCAACGUUUGCGGGAUCGACCGCCACGCUAUGAGACUCGUCAUAAUUUCAACUUCCGCUCUCAAUCCGUGGAAGCCGGCAUUGCACCGCCUUCCUAUGAUUCCGCCGCGGCGACCUCAACAGACUCCGAUCUUCCGCCACCCUAUACGAUCGCCGUGGGGUCACCUGCCUUUGAAAAUGCCGGUUUCACGUCAGAAACCGAACCAGACAGUCGGCCAAGGGAGGCCGAGGAGCCUGAAAGUAGGACUCAGAGUGAAAACUGCUCAGAAACGAGCAAAUCCCCAAAAUAUCUGGACGAUGAUAAAGCAAUACAUAUGUGAUUUUUGUCCCUCUAUUCCACCCACGCCCCCUCUCGUUAUACCCUAAUUGUAAGUUUUUAAUACCAAAUGAAAAGAUAGAUUUUUAUUUAAAAAAAACUG